AUGGUCUUUUUCGGUCUCGGCGGCGGCGGCGACACUUUGCAGGCCGUUCGCUGCAGCCAGAAGGCCGAGGAAGAAGAGGAGUGUAAACAUUCACAUGCUCAUAAAGAGUACAGCUUCCUGGAUUUCCGCCGUAAGCAGGCAAACCGCGACUUUAGAAAGGCGAAGACCGGCUUGGAAGAGGGUUGGAGCGGUUAUGCAUAUAAGGAGGACAGAUCGGAUCCACUCUCCCCCUACCAACACCGACCCAUCAAGCAAUGGCCCAACAUCCCGGCGCUUGGAGAAAUGAGAGCGCCGAACGUAUGCUGGCGCGAGGAAGAUCCGAACACAUGCGUAGGAAUAAGCAUCGAGAAAGACAGCCAUUCUCUUGUCUCACAAAGCAUGGCCUAUGAGAGUUCUGCUGGGAAACGUACCAUUACACCCGCCUUCGCACAAAUCAGAUCUUCAUACCGCAGCGUGCUCGCGAACUCGCAAAAUCCUGGGACUUUGAUAACUCGAGCCUCAAACGAUCAAACCCGUCACCGAUCAUCGAGCUAUCACGAACUCAGCAUGGGCGACACGGCGGAGACCGAGCAGGGCCUCCAGGCUCGGAAGCAGCUUAGGAAAGAGCUCGAGCCUCACAUUGACGUCCUGUACACGACAAGGGGCGAGCCAUCCUUCACUUUGAGCGAGUUGAUCGUAUGCGCCAUCGUGUUCCAAGAUGAAAAGUACGCAACGGCAGAUAAUAUCGCCGGGUGGAUCACGAAAGCAUGCUCAUUCUAUGCGCACCAAGCGAUUGACAAAUAUAUGGCCGCAUUAGUGAGGCAAAGGGAAGACCCAUAUGAAGGCGUGUAUGUGCCGAGCCUUUCUUUCCCCAUAUCUGGUUUCCGGGACGCCAUGAAGGAGUACGAUCUGCCGCUCGAGGUACUAGAGACAGAUAGCUCCACCGAUUCCACCAACCCCGGCAAUGCCAACUACAGCACUAGGCCGCGGCGGCGGAUAAAGAGACCAGCGCUUGUCAGACAGCAAAUUGAGAUGCCACGGUAUACCAUAAGUGCCGGGCCAGCGCGUGUGUAUUUGCGGCAUUGGUUGAAUCCUCCACGCGCAGGCCAUCAUUUCAGAUUCUUCGAACUUCCCCCAGAACUUCGCAACCGAAUCUACAAGAUGCUUUUCGUGUAUGACGAAGAAGCACACUUAGCUACGAAACGCAAACUGGUACUGCCUGCUCCGAUUCCCCGACAUCGGGUAACUCUACCCAAUCUUGAGCGCAACGAGAAUCUUGAUAAGUGUCGCGAGAACACUGCACGGAUGCUUGCGCUGAUCGCCACCUGCAAGCAGGCUCGCCAUGAAGGUCGCGGGAUCUUUUAUAGUCUCAAUACCUUCUACUACGAAGGCCUCGCUGCUCUGGGGAGCUCUCUGCUCAAAUCCUCGGGCGUCAGCCUCGACAUGCUCCGGCGCCUCAGUCUCUCUGUAGACUUCCUCCCACGCACUAGGGGCUGGAGUAGAUCCGAUUCCUCGCGCAUAUCGUGGGUUCGCCAGAGCAUUGCAGGUGUUCAGCUUCUUGGCCAGCUUCGACUGGACAAGCUGGUCCUUUUCCAAGCCUCGUGUCCGGCCUACAGUACUUGCCGAUCGCGGUCCCAUCAUCUCGAUAUGGUGAAGGCGACGCGAGCGGAUGAUGAUACCAACACCUUGUUCACGGUCUGCUUAAACGCAAUCGUUGCAGCUGCGAAAAGGGCGAAGCAUGUGAAAGUGUACCCUUAUGGAGGUUGCAACGCCCUGGAACAAUACAUACAUACCCGCUUGAAGGAAGCGGUCUCUGUCAAGAUGCUGUGCUGCUCAUUUCCGAAGUAUCGCGAGGAUGACAUGCUAUUCUUGUAG